AUGGGGAAGAUCACGUUUUUCGAGGACAGGAACUUCCAGGGUCGCUUUUAUGACUGGAAUGGAGAUUGUGCCGAUUUCUCUCCCCACCUCACCCGCUGCCACUCCUGCAGGGUGGAGAGUGGCUGCUGGAUGAUCUAUGAGCGCUGCAACUACACGGGCAACCAGUACUUCAUGAGGAGGGGCGACUACCCGGAUUUCAUGAGGAUGGGAAUGAAAGACAUUCACUCCUGGCGCAUGAUUCCCUUGUACAGAGGUAAUUACCGAAUGAGGAUCUACGGAAAGGAGAACUUUGGUGGUCAGAUGUACGAGCUGAUGAACGACUGUGACUCUAUCAAGUAUCGCUACCAUAUGUCCGACUGCAUGUCCUGCCAUGUGAUGGACGGGCACUGGCUCAUGUAUGAGCAUCCCCACUACAGAGGAAGAAUGUGGUACUUCCCCCCUGGACAGUACAGACACUGGAGGAACUCUGGAUACCCCAACAUGAGAUUCAUGAGCAUGAGACGUAUCAUGGACAUGUGCUAA